UUUUCAUAGGUUCAGUUCAUAGGUUAUGUUUUUGUUGCCAUCUUAAGAAAGAAAGAAAAGAAAAACCUAGUUAGCGACUUGAUUAGACUUAAUUAUCAAAAAAUAAUUUAUUCAAGGUUGAUACCCAGAAAUAAGAAAUGUCUAACAACUAAUAAGUACGCUUUUUAACUUUUUGUAAUUAGAAUAAGAACUAAGUGAAGGCUAAUCCAAUUUCAGUUGUGAUUCGGAAUAUUGACCCAAUACAAACACAGAAACUUCAAAAAUUUAGCAGUCAGUCUCCUCCAGUGGAAAACACAAGAUGCCGAGGUGUCUAGAAGAUUUAAAAGAUGCUCCAUCGUGGUUAUCCCUGCCUCAUGUUCACAUGAAAAAUCCAUUUAAUGUUUUGGAGAAAAUCAAUUCUAUUGCUUCUGGAGGUCCAGAAAAAUUGCAACUUAUCAUUGACUUUGAUCGAACAUUAACAAAGAGCCAGGAAAAUGGAAUACUGACAAAAUCCACUUUCUGUCUUCUUGAAAACUAUCCCAGCGUUAAUGAAGAAAUAAGGCUUAAACUGAAACGUAAUUUAGAUAAAUACCUUCCAAUUGAAAUCGAUCCAAAGCUAACAGUAGAGGAGAAAAUUCCCUUCAUGGUGGAAUGGUGGGAAAUGGGAAUUGAGUACAUGAAGGGUGUUGAAUGGAACAUUGAUGAUGUAGAUAAAUACCUCAGACAAAAUAGGCAGCCUUUCAGGGAUCAUACAAAAGACUGUUUGGAGCAAUUGCAAAACACCAAAGUUCCGGUGUUGGUCUUCUCAGCUGGGAUUGGAGAAGUCGUGAAACUUUCUCUCAAACACGAAGGUUUCCUGACAGACAACGUUCACAUUGUGUCCAACUUUCUCAGGGUAGAGGACGGAAAAAUUGCUGGGUGCCAAGGCGAUAUCAUUCACGUCUUCAACAAAAAUGAACAACUCAUUCAGAACACAACUUACUAUUCAGAGUUGUCUGGGCGCAGUAAUGUCAUUCUACUCGGAGAUUCAGUCGGAGAUGCAAAAAUGGCUGACGGUGUACCUCAUGACACUGUGCUCAAGAUUGGGUUUCUCAACAAUCAUAUAGAAGAGGCGUUGGAACAGUAUAAAGAACUGUUUGACAUUGUGUUGACCGAUGAUCAAACGAUGGAUGUUCUGCUUCAUAUUCUGAAACGAACUCUGUGAUAUUCAACUGAUAUUUAACCCAAUAGCUUUAUUUUUAUUUACAGGCAAGAGAUCAAACGAUUUUAAAUAACACGCUUAUUAUGUUUACUCUUAAACAUUAGGCUUUGUAUUAUUUGUAUACCAGUUGUUAUUAAAUUAUAUUUUUCUGUUUA